GAGCAGUAGGGAUUAAUGUAUUUUUACUCCAGAGCCAAUGUAGCUAUUCCGAUGCUCUAAGAUCUGCUCUCUGCAAUGCCCAAACUGACCCCAAUUGCCUUUCUCUAGACCCACUUCUCCACCGUGGGAGAAGUGAUGGAAUUCUACUUGGAGAUCGACCCUGUUACCUUGAACCUGAUCAUCCUAGUUGCGAGCUACGUCAUCUUGCUCCUGGUCUUCCUCAUCUCCUGCGUGCUAUACGACUGCCGAGGCAAGGAUCCAAGUAAGGAGUACGCGCCUGAGGCCACUCUCGAGGCCCAGCCCUCCAUCCGGCUGGUGGUAAUGCACCCAAGUGUCCCUGGGCCCCACUGGCCAAAGGGGCCUGGCCUUUCUUUAGGGGAUCCUGCUCCACUAGGAAAGAAAAGCACCAUGGUAUGAGGCUGGCUAAGGGACACUGGGGAGAGACCACUAGACUUUCCAUAGAGACAAACUGCUCCCUAUCGUGGCUCCAAUUCUCUCAGCACAUGUAUCCUGCUUGAUGAAGGAAGUGAGAGCUCUGUCUUACUUGCUGUUUUCUCGUCACCUUCUUUGUGACAAAAGUAAC